AUGUUUCACGACCCUGGAAAGUCCUUAAUAAUUUUAUACACUCCUUCUCUUAUUAUUUCGUUUGGAAUUAUCCAAUUAACGACUGCUUCUCAAAAUCACAAUGAGUUGCCAUGUGGCUUCAGCUGCCCGGAUCGGGUGGGUUUUACGACACGAUUUCACGAUGAUGGAGAUGAAGUACAGGUUCUGCAUUGUCAUAAAACAUCGGACGGUGAUAGUUGUCAUAAAUGUUGCAUGGGAAAAGCUUUAUCUUCUGGAUUGCUCACGAUCAAUGCUGUAGGAGUCUACAAUUCUUGGGGUACUGGAUGCGAAUGUUGUUUCAACAAUGACAAAUGUAAC